GGUAUCCGGUUUGUUCACCUGUCAAGUUUUUCUCGUAUUUUUUAUUCAAUACAUAAAUCGUUCAUUUCUUGGUUCUCUUUGGUUUUUCUAACUGAUUAUUCGGAUAUAUCUAUCUCAAUAUUUCUAGGAACAGAUUACUUUUGUUUUAAUUUAACAUAGUAAUAACCAUGUCUGAGAAACAUUUGCAAACCGGUGAUGAACUGCCAGCAUUUGGCGGAAAAUUGCGUUUAUUCGCUAUGAGAUUUUGUCCGUACGCGGAAAGAAGCAUUUUGGUUCUGAAUGCCAAAAAAAUUCCAUACGAUCAUGUAUUUAUUAAUCUUGAUCAAAAGCCCGAAUGGAUCUUCACUUUCAGCCCAAAAGGCACCGUGCCAGCACUAGAAUAUGAACAGGGCAAGGGAAUCUUUGACAGUAAUAUUAUUAACUAUUACUUGGACGAGAAAUACCCAGAGGUGCCUCUGCAAUCUACUGACCCACUCCGAAAGGCUCAAGACAAAAUGCUAGUUGAACAACUUACUGGGGCUCAAUCAGCGUACUACACUGCAGCAUUUUCCUCGCCCUCUCUGACACCAUCCAUGGUGGAAACCUAUCACAAAGGUCUUGAAGUUUUACAAAAGGAAUUAGAAGUCCGUAAAACUAAGUUCUUGCACGGUGAUGAACCUGGUUUGGUAGAUUAUACCAUUUGGCCGUUCUUGGAACGUUUCCAAGCUUUACCAUUGUUGGGCAAGCAGGAGUUUGCUAUUGAUAAGUCUAAGUAUGAUGUUUUGACAAAAUACAUUGAAGAAAUGAAAAAUGUGCCAGCAGUGAAAUCAUAUUGUUUGGCUCCCGAAACUCAUGCUAAAUACAUUGAAUCAAGAGCUAAAGGCAGUCCGGAUUACAAUAUGCUGGAUACCAGCGCUGUUUGCUGCAUGCGUCCUAGGAAGAAGAAGGAAUUAUUAUUAUCAUUUUUAUACAACGUUUUACAUAUUUUAAUUAACAUGAUAACCAGUACUUUGAGCUUCGCUAUGCAUAUAUUUUUGUCGUCAUACAAAAUUCUAGAACCAGUCAGGCAAGUAGUCGAAUACGUAUUGCCUUAUACUUACAGAAAAAUGGCAAACAAAGCAAUCAAAGGAGGAAUUAAUUUUAAUGUAAAACAUUUGAAAAAAGGUGACCCAUUGCCUCCUUACAAUGGAAAACUGCGUAUCUAUAACAUGCGAUACUGUCCUUACGCACAACGAACUAUUCUAGCAUUGCUUGCCAAAGACAUUGACUUCGAAGUGGUCAAUGUGCACUUGUUAGAUAAACCAGAAUGGCUUACCCGUAAAAGUGCGUUUGGCAAAGUCCCAUCACUAGAAAUAAAAGAAGAUGUGUGUAUUUACGAGAGUUUGGUUACGGUGGAAUAUUUAGAUGAAGUUUAUGAUCAAAGACCGUUAUUAUCAAAAGAUCCGUUGACCAAAGCUUACGACAAAAUCAUCGUUGAGGCAGCUGGACCAUUGCAAACUAUGUUCUUCAAAUUCAUAAAGGCUCCGGAAACGCUCACCGACGAUAAUAUUAAUGCUUAUAAUAAUGCAUUGCGAUUUAUUCAAGACCAAUUGAAGAGACGUGGCACUCAAUUCUUCGGUGGCAAUGAACCAGGCUACGCGGACUACAUGAUAUGGCCCUGGCUAGAAAGACUUUACGAUGUCCAAGACGAGUAUAAAGCAGCGAAAAUUGAUGGUGCUGAAUAUAAACUCUUGAAUCAGUAUAUUGAAAACAUGCUGAAUGAUCCAGCUGUAAAGAGUUAUUUAGUGCCCAAAGAUGUGCUACUGAAAAUUUACGAAGCCUACAGAACUGGGAAAGUACCAGAUUAUGACCUUUUAACAUAAUAAAUUCUUAUUAUU